UCGUUUUAUUAUACAGAAUGAAGGUGUUGUAUCUGUUGUUCAUUGCUGUCACUAUAGCGACGGCGGACGAAAAUUGUCCUGAAGUAGUAUCUCACGACUGUAUUCCAAUGCAGCAAUGCGUUGGUAAAGGAAACAGGACGUAUACGCAUCAUAUUCCUUAUCCCGAUGACUGUCAUAAAUAUUAUAAAUGCUUAAAAGGUCUGGCAUGCCUACUAUGCUGUCCAAGAUUCGGCAGUGGACAGAAUCGACUGGUCUUCAAUCCAGAAGAGCAGGUCUGUGACUGGCCAUUUAAUAUACCAAAACCAGAAGCAAAAUGCUAUGACAUUUUUCCGCCAACUACGCCACCGGAACCGACUACCCCGCCAACUACUCCACCGGAACCAACUACCCUGCCAACUACUCCACCGGAACCGACUACCCUGCCAACUACUCCACCGGAACCGACCAAACCGUCAACUACUCCAUCGAAACCGACCUCGCCGCCUGAUGAUAAUCCAACUCAUGCGCCAAUAGAAAGUAAUUGUCCAUCAACUGGAUACACAAAGAUAGAGCAUGAAACUGACUGCAAUAAGUAUUACGUAUGUCGCGAUGGAGUAAAAUCGUCUGUAAAUGUAUGUCCAGGAGGUCUGGUUUUCAACCCUAUAAUUGUUGCAUGCGACUUGAAGGAACAUUUUCAUUGUAAGUAAGAUAAAUGUAAAAGAAAGAUCUUUCUGUUAAGUUUGCUA